AUGCUUAGCUACUUUUUCGUGAUAACCUUUGGACUGAUUCGAGUGGCAUUGUCACAAGGACAAGAUGCGGUGACAGAUGCAGCCCCGCGUGGUCCCGGUCCUUUUGCAUCUCCAAACUCGACCAGAAAUGGUUCCAUAGACGUCUUCGGCGUCCUAUCCCACAGUAAACCAAUCAACGUACCGUUCCGAGAAGACCACCCUCAGAAGCCGGUAGGGGUGAGCCAAAAAGGCCCGCUGCAGACCAACAAGUUUUACGCAAACUUCUUUGCGAACAAUCAGGACAAUGCGACAUGGACGCACCCCUACUCGGUGUGGUGGUCCAAAUACACGACGAAGCAAGGUCACGGCUUGUCCGUGUCUCACACGGAUCGAAGUCACUUCAUCUACGGGCAGGGAAGUCCGGUCCAAUCGUUCGAAGACCCUCCGUUUCGGCAAUCCAUUGCUCUCUCGGCCCAGGAGCUGCAGAAUGGCACCAUCUUGACGACGGACGGCUUGACCGCCUUCUCCGUCAAUGUUCACCUAGCCCCCAGCAAAAAGGCCAAGCCAGUCGUCUCGUUUCCCCUUGUGCAGGGCAUGGCUUUCGUCACGGGUGUGUACAACCGUUCUAGAGUGCUCAUCCAAUCCGAAUCUGGGUUUGUCGGGAUUCAAUGCAUACAAAUCUACUCAGACGGGCUCGGUGCCGCCGUUUAUGGAUGGAGCGUCCGAAUAGGUGACGGGACACACUGGCUGGUCUACAUGACGCCGGACAGUGGCUCCAACAGGCCGGAUUUGAACAUGAUCAAAAAUGGAACACUCGCGGGUCCCGGCAACUUUUCCGGGACGGUCCAAGUUGCCAAGAACCCUCAUUCGGAAUAUGGCAUUCAGGUGUUUAACAGAGCAGCUGGGGCAUAUCCGGUGGGCGCAAAUAUCUCAGGAUCGGUUUCAGGCAGCACCGGUACUUAUACGCUAAGCUGGAAAAAGGCCGGUGUCCAAAAUCGUCGACUUCUCAUGUUUGCCCUCCCGCAUCACGUCAAGUCCUUCGAUAAGAGAACUGCCGAGGGCAUUACAAACGUCACGCUAGCCAGCACCACAAAGGGCAUUGCGACGGCAUAUUUUGCCGAAGCUUUUACCAUGGUAGAGCCGGACCUUCCAACGAAUAUUGGCUUUGACCCGUGGUCCCCAAGACUUGGAUCCGUGGGGUCAAGAAACGCCACUGGAGGCACCGUCUCGCGCGAAGCCAAGGCCGCCAUUGUGGAUGCUGGGAAAUCAGAGCUUGCAGGAGACAUUAUGGAGCUCACAAAUCUCACAUCAAAAUACUAUGCUGGGAUUGCCUUCUCCAAGUAUGCGAGGGCGCUUUAUGCCGUGAACGACAUUGCCGGAGUUAGCAACUACACGGCCGGUGCUCUUAAAAAACUCGAAGCAGCAUUUGACAGAUACGUUGGAAACCUGGAGCCUAACCCGCUAUUCUAUGAUAAUGUUUGGAAAGGCCUUGUGUCUUCAGCCUCAUACAACAACAGCGACACUUCCGCAGACUUUGGUAACACUUUCUACAACGAUCACAACUUUCAUUAUGGAUAUUAUGUUUACACAGCUGCCAUCAUUGCACAUUUCGACCCUUCAUGGCUGAACAGGAACGGUUCUGUGAACAAGAUUUGGGUCAACAACCUCAUCCGGGAUUGGUCAAACCCAUCAACCGAUGACCCAUACUUUCCCUUUUCACGCUCCUUCGACUGGUUCCACGGCCACAGCUGGGCGCGUGGUGUGAUCGAGGCUCCCGACGGCAAGGAUCAGGAGUCCUCGGCCGAAGAUGCCUUUUCGACGUACGCCAUAAAGAUGUGGGGUCGUGCGACGGGCGACGCUCGCACCGAAGCCCGCGGCAACCUCCAGCUGGCCGUUAACGCCCGGAGCCUGCAGUCAUACUUUUUGAUGGCGGACGACAACGACGUGCAGCCGCCCGAGUUCAUCGGCAACCGGGCGGUGGGGAUCCUAUUCGACCGCAAGGCGAACCACACCACCUAUUUUGGGGACCAGGUGUCCUUUAUCGAGGGCAUCCACAUGCUGCCCAUUGUGCCCAGCAGCGCCUACGUGCGGCGGGCCAAGUUUGUGCGCCAGGAGUGGGACCAGUACUUUGCCGGCAACAAGACGGGGGACCUCACCGGAGGUGGCUUUGUCGGGCAUGUUUACGUGAACCUCGCCAUUGCGGAUCAGGCCGGGGCGGAGGAGAGUUAUCGGUUCAUGAGGGCGCAGACGGUGAAUAGCUCAUACUUGAGCGGGCAGAGUCUGACCUGGAACCUGGCUUAUACUGCUGCUUUGGGUGGUAGUUUGGCUAACAAAACAUCUCCGAGGCUGGCCAAGGUACGAGCCCCGUGA